UUUUGGUCUUUCUCAACUCACCACUUCAAACACUCAUUCCUCACUGCUCUGAUCUCUACUCUCAUUCAGACAUCUUGCUAUAACAGAAAUCAAAAAACAAAACAUAAACUACAAAUGGAUUUGAAAGGCUUCGUUGAAGGAGGCAUUGCUUCAAUAAUUGCUGGAGCUUCCACUCACCCUCUUGAUCUCAUCAAGGUCCGAAUGCAACUUCAAGGCGAAUCCAAUCCUGCCCUAGUACAGGCCUAUCGUCCCACAGUUGCUGCUCUAAACACCCCUAAUGGAUACAUAUCUCUCCACAUCGCACCACCACCUCGUGUUGGACUUAUUUCCAUCGGGACCCAAAUCGUCAAAUCCGAAGGCGCUACCGCCCUUUUCUCCGGUGUCUCCGCCACCAUCCUCCGCCAAACACUCUACUCCACCACCCGUAUGGGCCUUUACGAAAUCCUAAAACAGAAAUGGUCUGAUCAUUCUGAUUCAGACACUGCCAAAUUACCAAUCAUGAAAAAGAUAGCAGCUGGCCUUAUUGCCGGCAGUGUCGGCGCGGCGGUCGGGAACCCGGCUGACGUGGCAAUGGUCCGCAUGCAAGCUGAUGGACGUCUCCCUAUUGAGCAGCGCCGGAACUACAAGAGUGUGGUUGAUGCAAUUAGUCAAAUGUCAAAGCAAGAAGGGAUUGCUAGCCUGUGGCGCGGUUCGGCUCUAACGGUAAACCGUGCGAUGAUUGUGACGGCUUCUCAGCUCGCAACUUAUGAUCAGGUGAAGGAGAUGAUAUUGGAGAAGGGUGUGAUGAGUGAUGGGAUCGGAACCCACGUGACGGCGAGCUUUGCCGCUGGGUUUGUGGCCUCGGUGGCUUCGAAUCCAAUCGAUGUGAUCAAGACGAGAGUGAUGAAUAUGAAGUUGGAGGCAGGAGGAGUGGCACCUUACUCUGGUGCAUUGGAUUGUGCCAUGAAGACUGUGAGGACAGAGGGGGUUAUGGCUUUGUAUAAGGGUUUUAUCCCUACUAUCUCAAGGCAAGGGCCAUUCACCGUGGUGCUCUUUGUUACACUUGAACAGGUCCGGAAGCUAUUCAAGGAUUUGUGAUCAUGGCAGAGUUGAAACAUUCUUUUUAGAGUCUAAUUGAGGAACAAAGCAAAUUGACAUUUUUUUUCCAAUUUUUUUUAUUCUUUGUGCUGACCUAUAAUAUAAAUAUUGCUUUAUUGAAAAAGUUCUAAUUCUGUUUGGUUGUGAUCUUAGUAUCAGUUUCAACUAAAUUGCAUACAAUACUUAAUGGCACUAUAUGAAUAAAACUGAUUUGGAUGGAUUACUCGAAUCUUCAAGAUUUGGUACAAUAAAUUAAGGGUGUUCAUUCCUAUAUUGCCGAAUUAGCAGUGUCCCCUAAAUACAAUAGUAAUUUACUGUCCACUACUCACUAUUAACGAAAUUUUCUGAAAAAAGUUCUACCAAAUAGCUGAGAAGAGUUUUGGUUCUUUUUCAGCUGCACUAACUUUUCAUAGCUUAAGACUUCAUUCUGAUUUUUCCCUUCAAUUGUCCCCAAAAGACAAAGAAAGACAAAUAUCUUGCAAUCCUCUGUUUUACCCCUGGCCUGUUUCUGCAAAUUCGCCAAACUGUCCUGUAAAUGAAUAAAUGGGACAAACUUUCUAUCAGAAUCCAAGUAAGGAUGAAGUCACCAAGACUAGUGGCAAGAGCAGAGAAGCAUCAAGCAACACAGAGGAUCAAAGACUCACUCACAGAGUUGAAGAUUCUAUAACAGAGCAUAAACGGCAAGGCUGUAUAAGUGAAGACUGAUGUACACGACUUGUAGUUUAGUACUCACUUAAGUGUUAGCACGUAGGAAGUUGGUUAUUUUUGUAGCUUGCACGUGUAGUGGUUUGUUAUUUCUGUUAGUCAGUUAGCUUUCGUGUUCACACCUGCAUACACUGGUAUAUAUAUGUAUUGCUUGUAUUCAAGAAUCAAUUAAUGAAAUAUACAGUUUUCAACUUCUGAA